AAUUACUUCUUGGGAGAGCAUUUGCAUAGUGGUGCUCCCUCCCAGCAUUCUAGAACCAAAGGUGUAAAAGUCCCCUCUUCCCAAAUGUCCCUCAGAUACCUUCUAUCUCCAGGUACAUCCCAUAACUCUCCAAAGUAGAGGGGAAGAGCACCUGCUUUCUGAAUAUAUUGAUUCCACCAGGACAAAGUUAUUUUGCUCAGUAACAUUAUUCUCUUUCAUGAGGUUGCCUUCAUAGAUCCUUACUGUUGGAGACUAGCUAGCAGUGACAAUCCUCAGAAGAAAGGCCGAGGAGUUCUUUUAACACAAGUGUUAUUGACACACCAGUCUCUAAGGUGCCACAAGUACUCCUGUUCUUCUUUUUCCCAAAUGGAGCAUUCAAUCUAUAUUGAAAGAAUAAUGCUUCAUAAAGGUAUAAUUCAAGUUCCAUACUGCAGAUCUAAUCUAUCUUCCCAUAUAAAUAAAGGUUGCAGAAACGGCUUCUCCUUCAGUAGAAAGAGCUUUAUGUUUUCCUGUUACAGGAACUUCAGCAAACAAUUAACCUGUCUGAAUACAGAAUUUGAUCAAUUUAGAUCAUCUCUCUACUGAAAGUUAUUAGCCCUUAGCUUUUUCAUCGGAAGCCACAAUCUUGUCUUGCUGGUUUCUGACUCCUAAGAUCUGACACAAGGAUCUGAACAUCUUAGAUCCAAUGAGGCCCUAUCAUCCUUGAACUUCUAGGAUCCAACAAAUAACCAUAUGUCCUUAGAUUAGAGAAGGCCACUUGCACUGGGGCAUAAUCAGAACCAACCUUUGCCUGAGUCUCUAAUAGAUCCAUGCAGGAUAUAGGAUGCCUGUUGCCCCUUUGUUUUCUGUCCUUCUUAAAAAUAGAAGCAGGUGGAAUUAAGUACUGCUCAAACGUUUAGAGACCCAGUUGGUCUACACACAGGGAAAGGAUCCGAAGACCUCCUGUUGUGAUGGACAUGUCUUCUGCAACUAGGUUCAGAUCAUAAGAACCUCCAGCAACACAGAGCUUGAUCCUGAUGGACCAUAGAACUAAAUGGGCAGAGGCCUAAAGAAUCUCAUGGCACCAUGGUGACUGGGAUCCUUCCCCAGUGAAUCAGAUGACUCCUUAGGCAAAGACUCAGAAGCACCUUCGGGAACUAUGAUUCAAUCCUGGAGCGGCUCAGCAGGGAUAUUUUGUCAGUCCUGAGCGCCAACACCUUUCCCCAUAUGCCAUAGUAGAGGGAACCGAACAGUUAGACAAAGUCUAAACAUGCAAAUAGCUAAUUACAAACCUCCUGCUAGACAAUACUUUGAACCAAACCAAUAGAGUGAUUAUAUAGCACAAAUUCCAAUGCAAGGAAAAGAUGGGGUUCCUCACCUGCUCAGGCCAGUGACAAGAGAAGAACCGAGUGACAGUGUUGCGGUUGGGAAGUAGGAGAGCUGUCAUACCUUUCGAUUCUAGAAUGCUGGACCAGACUGCUUUGUCUUAGACAAAGAGCAAGAAUGGCAGAGAGACCUAUGUGGGAGCAAGUUGGAACAAGUUUUGUGCAUCUCUAUUACCAGCGUUUUGAUUCCAGUAGAGUAGAGCUAAGUGCUCUCUAUACAGAUGCUUCUUGCUUGUCGUGGGAAGGACAGCAAUUCCAAGGAAAAACAGCCAUCAUGGAAAAGUUGAUGAGCCUUCCAUUCCAAAAAAUCCAACACAGCAUAACAUCUCAAGAUCACCAACCAGCGCCUGAUAACUGUAUACUUAGUAUGGUGGUUGGUCAGCUGAAGGUGGAUAAUGACCCAGUGAUGGGGUUCCACCAGCUGUUUGUUCUCAAGAAUAUUAGUGACAAUUGGGUUUGCACCAAUGACAUAUUUAGACUGGCCCUGUACAACUUCGCUUGAAUUUUUUUCUGUUCUCAAAUGUCUGUUUCUACUGCCACUUUCAAAUCUGACACAAAAAUAAAUAAAUUGUUGUUUAACUUG